AUGCAGGUGAACCAGCAGCGGCUUAGGCUGCCAGUGACGCUGCUCCACGGGAGGCUGCGGUUGUAUUUCCGUAGCUCAGAACUAUGGGCAGAGGCAGGUCUGGAGCAAGAGCCACCCGCACUGCGCCUAGUGUACGACUGGCAGCACGCCCUGUCUCUGCAAGUAACCGACGGCUACCGUGCACACGUGGUGGGCUUGUGCGGCAACUUCAACAGUGACCCAAUCGAUGAUGUGGGCGGUCCAGACCUGCGCGCCUUCUUGCGCACUUGGACCCUGCAGCCGCCUGAUGACCCGUGCCACUCCCUCUGGGCUGCUCCCUGCACCAAGCCGUCGUCCCCACCGAAGACCCCGGGGCCCUGUGCCAUCCUGACAGCUCUGAACGGGCCCUUUAGCCAUUGCCACCAUGUGCUGAGGCCUGCACCCUUCGAGAUCAGCUGCAGUGCUUGGAUCUGCCCCUUCUCCAACAACCGACCUCCUCUUUGCUUGAUGCUCCAGGUCUACGCACAUGCGUGUCAGCGCCUAGGUGUCAGCAUCAACUCCUGGAGAUCCCAGACUGGCUGCCCUAUCAAGUGCCCCCAAAACAGCCAUUAUGAGUUAUGUGGCUCCUCCUGCCCAGAGACAUGCUUGGGGCCCUUGGGAGCGUCCUGCCCACUGCCCUGCGGGGAGACGUGCACCUGCAAUGCUGGCUAUGUUCGCAGCGGCCCAGCCUGUGUCCUCCAGCGCCCAGGGCCUGGUGGCUGUGGCUGCGUGCACCAGGGACGUCUGCUGGCACCAGGCGAGGCUUUAUGGGAGGGUGUGGGCUGCACUCGCCGCCACUGCCUCUGCCCAGCCUUAGGAGGGAGCGUGAUCUGCACUGAGACGGGGUGCAGGCCACAUGAGCGCUGCGUUCUGUCACACAACCUGCGCACGUGUGUGCCCUCGAGCAUGGCCACAUGCGUGGUGGCUGGCAGAGGCCACUACAUCACCUUUGAUGGGCGCCAUUUUCGCUUCCCUGGCUCUUGCGUGUACCUGCUGAGCGGCCUCAGUUCUUCAGCGCCACAGGAGCUCGCUGACUUCCGUGUGCUCCUGGGCACCAGUCCUGAUGGUGUCCCAAAUAGCCUCGAAGUACACGUGUCUGGAUUCCAUCUGAGGCUGGACCCCAAGGAACCCGGUCGUGUCCUGGUGAAUGGUGACUGGCAGAAUCUACCAUUCCAGGCUCUGAGCAACAAUACACUCAUCUUUCGCCAUGGCUGGGACACUGUGGUCAGCUGCCCCUUUGGCCUGCGUGUGACCUAUGCCCCUGGGAUCCGCGUAGUACUGGAUCUUCCAGCAGCAUAUCGGGGCCGUGUGGUGGGGCUGUGCGCUGACUAUAAUGGGGACCCCAUGAAUGACCUCCAGGUGCCUGGAGUCGUGCUGGGCACCAAGCUGCCUGAGGAUGCAAUGGCCUGGGCCUUUGGCCAUAGAUAUUUGGUGGGUUCCUCGACUGGGUGCCUGGAUGCUGCUGACAACAUGCCGCCACUGCCACCAUCUUGUGUCACUCUGCCAACCACCAGCAGCCCAACCCACUUUGCCCACCCUUGUGACAUCCUUUUGGACCCUCUGGGGCCCUUCCAGCUGUGCCAUGAGAUGCUGGCACCAAGCCCCUAUGUCCAAGAUUGCAUGGUGGAUGUAUGCCUGGGCACUGGACCCUGCCCCAUGCUCAGCCUCUACUGUGAAACCUGCCAGCUGCUGGGUGGCCAAGUCUUCCAAUGGCGGAAUUCAAGCCUGUGCAGUGAGUGCCUAGGGAUUCAGUCUAGCGUCUCUCUCCAUCUUUGCUCGUCUGGGGAACCUGGCCCCACUCUUGACUGAGAUGUGGCUCCUUGGCUGUUGCUCAUCCCAGAGUGCCAGCUCCUCCCUGCACAGUGUAUCCCUGAGACCCUGUACUUCCCACUGCACCAGCCUUCAGCCAUCCCUCCACUCCCCACCAGACCCUCAACCUUUGCCCAUGCUAAAGUGGCAGGUGUAUUCUGAUUUAAGUCCAGCCCCCCAGCUCUUAUCCUUCCCUUUUCUCAGCCCUGAUUACGGCCCAACCCUUCAGCUCUUACCUCUCAGGGACUCAGACCUGUUCAUGGUCCAGCCCCUAAGCUCUUACCCGUCCCAAACCCUAGAGAUUAGCUAUGCCUCAUCAGAGGCAUGGUUAACCACCGCAUCCUUAGCUAUCUGAAGGUACCUGCAGCUCUGCCCAGGUAGAGCUUUGCCCCGGCAGGGCCCCAGAUACCCCAUCCUAGCCCCAGAGUUAGGGAGUGAGAGUCCCAACAGCCACAGACCGCAAAGUAACCUUCCAUUCCUACUGGUUCCGCAGGCCCGCUG